AUGGGAGAUGAGCCAAGAUUCAGUGAGAAAUGGGAUUUCAGAAGGAAAGAGAACGACUUUGAAGAUUCUUCAAGCGAUGAUCCAGAUUCAAACUCGACCCAGGAUCCUAUCAUUCAUAACCCAAAUCUUGAGCCGAAACAGAUGGAUACGGGAACAAAAACUGUGACUAGAGAACAACCUGCAAAAACACGGAAGAGGAGGAGCAAGAAAGAUGAGAUUAAGCCUGAGAAAGUUAAGCAAGUAAGGAGAAGGAAACCGAAAACUGUUUGUGUAGAGGACAAUAAGAAGAAAGAGGAAAAAACGGUAAUGGGGAUGGACGGUGUUGGAAUGUUUAUGGAGACGUUGCUUGAUGAUCUUACGGCUUCUAGAGAGCGUUUAAUGGAUUGGAUGAAGACUGAACUGUGUGGAGCACCCGAUGAAAAUGUUGCGUCUCGUCCACCUCUGAAGAAGAGAGGGGUUGCUGCGGUAGCAACGCCGAAAUCAGUGAAGAAGAGGAUGACAAAGAAGAAGAAGGAAGAGGUUGAGAAGAUGAAGAAGAAGGAAGAAGAGGAGAAGAAGGAGAGUGAAAAACAGAGCAAACCAGGUGAGAGUGGUCUAGAGAUGUAUAUACCUGAAGAGAAAAGUUCAGAGAUUGCUCACAACGGUCGAGAUCUUGAUUGUACUGCUGGACCGUUGGAUAGGUUUCUAGAGAGCGGUCAAGAGAUGAAUACACCUAAAGAGAAAAGUCCAGAGAUUGCACAAAGCGGUGGAGGUUUUGAUUGUAAUGGUAGACCGUUGGAUAGGUUUCUUCAGAGCGGUCAAGGUGGUUUAGGCAGAAACUACUUUCAGCAACAGCAGGAGGGUCAAGGAGCGCUUGUUGCGCAAACUGAGAUGGAUUAUUCGAAGAACGAGACUGUGAAGAGCCAGAAAAGUAUUGUUUUGGCCAUUCAAGCUCCAAAUGUGAGUAAGAAACUAAAGAAGACAAGCGAAGCUAAUACCAACAAGAACAGAUCAUCAAUGGUGGAGAGAGCAGGACCUGAAAUGCAGAAAGAUCAUAAUUUUGUGACACCCUUUGCGUCACAACUGUCUUCAUCAUCAUCGUUGCAGAGUUUUCCGGUACCUUCUUCGUUGUUUCCAAAAAUGUCUUCACCAUCGCUGUUGCAGAGUUUUCCGGAACCUCCUUCGUUGUUUGCUUCUUCAAGCCAAGUGAUUACUCCAUUAGCAAGUAACACCAACUUUCAAAUGAGACAACCAGUAGCUCAGACUCCUGAUCUUUCUGAAUUUCAGACAGGAGUCACAGGAGGACAAGGAUUUGAGAAUUCUAUGUUUCACAACAAUGGUUACUUUUCUGGUUUUUCGGCAGCUUUUCAGCCUAAUCUGAUGGCAGGUGGUUAUAAUUUUCCAGCACAACUGAAUUCUGCAACUUCUUCACAGCAGAGAGACGACAACAAUAUGUUCGGAGGUCUGAUGAUGGCAGGUGGAGCCAUAAGAUUUUCUGGUAACAGAUUUCCCGAAGUUGAAGUCAGCAACUGUAAUAACGGCCUCUCCGAUUACAGAACUAGCUCUGGUAGAUAA